AUGGUCAUAAAGAGUUUGUUCAGGAGAUAUGAAAGGUGGAAUCCAGUACAUCCAACAUACGGGGCGUUUUGGGGUGUAGGAAUAGGCAUUGGUUGUGGAGUUGGAUGGGGUCCUGGGUUUGGCCCCGAGGUGAUUGGUUAUGUUGGAGCUGGCUGUGGUGCUGGAGUUAGUGUUGGCGUCACUUUGCUUGGCGUUGGCAUUGGUCUUCCUGCCAAUUACCUCCUUACGGCCCCUUACAGUGCUUUUAUGAUUACAAGAAGAGGUGCAUUGGAAGUUGCUCGGUCUAGAGGUCUACUUGGCAUGAUAAAUGGCGCUGGGGAUGGAUGGGAUAACAUUGGAUCACACAUCUCCAGCUUGCGACAAAAUUCAAAGUCAGCUGGUGCUUCUUUCAUUCUGAUAGAGGUUCAAAAAAAUGAUGGCGUAAAAGACCACCCUUUCAGAGGGUGCCCUCGUGUCCAAUUCAAUGACCAACAUCGGUUCCAAGUGGAAAAGUUGGGGGAUGACGAAGAGGCAGAGGAGUUAUUUGUGGCGUUUGCAGAGUUUGAAGAGAAAUGUAAGGAAACAGAGAGGGCAAGGUGUAUAUAUAAAUAUGCCUUGGAUCAUAUUCCCAAGGGGCGGGCAGAGGAACUGUACAAAAAAUUUGUUGCCUUUGAGAAGCAAUACGGUGACAGGGAAGGAAUUGAGGAUGCUAUUGUUGGGAAGAGGAGGUUUCAGUAUGAAGAUGAGGUUAGGAAGAACCCGCUUAAUUACGAUGCAUGGUUUGAUUACAUUAGGUUAGAAGAGAGCGCCGGAAAUAAAGAAAGGGUUGAAGAUGUUUAUGAGAGGGCCAUUGCGAAUAUUCCUCCUGCUCAAGAGAAGCGUUAUUGGCAGCGGUAUAUAUACAUGUGGAUUAAUUACGUUUUGUAUGAAGAACUGGAUGCCCAAGAUGUAGACCGUACCAGAAAUAUUUACAACUUGUGUCUCAAGAUCAUUCCUCAUGACAAAUUUUCAUUUGCGAAGAUUUGGUUGAUGGCUGCCCAGUUUGAAAUACGACAGUUAGAUCUUGAUCGAGCACGACUAAUUCUUGGAUCGGCAAUUGGCAAAGCUCCAAAAGAUAAGAUAUUUAAGAAAUACAUUGAGAUAGAGCUGCAACUUGGUAACAUUGAUCGUUGCCGGAAACUGUAUCAGAAGUAUUUGGAAUGGUCACCAGAACACUGUUAUGCUUGGAGCAAGUUUGCCGAGUUGGAAAGAUCCCUGGCUGAAACUGAGAGAGCUAGAUCUAUUUUUGAGCUUGCAAUUGACCAACCCGCUUUAGACAUGCCAGAGUUGUUGUGGAAGGCGUACAUUGACUUUGAGAUAUCAGAGGGUGAAUAUGAAAGGACUAGAGCUCUUUAUGAGAGGCUUUUAAACCGAACAAAACACUUGAAGGUGUGGAUUAGUUAUGCCAAAUUUGAGGCAUCUGCUAUGGAAGAGGGUGGCUUCCAGGAUUCAGAUGCGCAAGAAAGUGAUUAUGAACAGAAGAGAAAAUGCCUUCAACGCGCUAGAGGGGUGUUUGAAAGAGCCCUUGGCUAUUUCAGAACGUCUGCACCUGAAUUGAAGGAGGAAAGGGCAAUGCUUUUGGAAGAGUGGUUGAAUAUGGAAAGUGGCUUUGGUGAGCUUGGUGAUGUUGAUUUGGUCCGCGUUAAGCUUCCAAAGAAACUCAAAAAGAGGAGGCAUAUCGAAACUGAGGAUGGUCCUGCUGGGUAUGAGGAGUAUAUUGAUUAUCUUUUCCCUGAAGAAACACAAACGACAAAUCUCAAAAUUUUGGAAGCAGCAUAUAAGUGGAAGAAGCAAAAGAUAGUUUCUGAUGAGGAUUAG